CUAAUUUCCCAAAAUCUGGUCGGCGGCUAAACCACGCUAAUCUCUCUCUCUCUCUCUCUCUCUCUCUCUCUCUCGCUAGCGCCGCCGCCGCCUAAUCAACAUAUAAAACCCUAAUUCGCCCCCGAUCCCAUCUCCUUCUCCGCUCCUCCGGCCACCCAAAUCGGCGGCGCACGAAACCCUAGCUCCCACUCUCGGCGAUGGAGGAAGCACCGAUGGUGGAGAUCGCGCCUCACCCCCCCGCCCUCGCCGACGACGGCGAGCCCAGCGAGUGGAGUGGCGACGCCGACGAGACCAUGGACGGCGACCCGGCCCACGUCUCCGCUGCCGCUGGGGAGGGUGAAGCCCUAGCCCCUUCUUCCCACCCCCCUCCCCAAGAUGUGAAGGAAAUUCAGACGGGUCUUCAGUCCUUGCAGUUAGAGACAAAAGGGAAAGAUAAGGAGGUUGCUGCAACUGCGGAAGCUGAAGAGCAUAAUGAGACUGAAGAAGACAAGAAACGACACUUGAAUGUUGUUUUCAUUGGUCAUGUCGAUGCUGGUAAGUCUACAACUGGAGGGCAGAUACUUUUCCUAAGUGGUCAGGUUGAUGACAGGACUAUUCAGAAAUAUGAGAAGGAAGCAAAGGACAAAAGCCGAGAAAGUUGGUACAUGGCUUACAUCAUGGAUACCAAUGAAGAGGAACGCGUUAAGGGCAAGACUGUUGAGGUUGGAAGAGCUCAUUUUGAGACAGAAAGCACAAGAUUCACAAUUCUAGAUGCUCCGGGCCACAAAAGUUAUGUGCCGAAUAUGAUAAGUGGAGCUUCUCAAGCUGAUAUAGGUGUUCUGGUUAUCUCUGCUCGAAAGGGUGAGUUUGAAACUGGAUAUGAGAAAGGUGGACAGACCCGCGAACACGUCCUGCUUGCAAAAACAUUGGGUGUUGCUAAGUUGGUAGUUGUUGUCAAUAAAAUGGAUGAUCCUACAGUGAAAUGGUGUAAAGAAAGGUAUGAUGAGAUAGAAACUAAGAUGGCUCCCUUCCUCAAGGCUUCAGGGUACAAUGUGAAGAAAGAUGUCCAAUUUCUACCUAUCUCUGGUUUGAUGGGCAUUAAUAUGAAGACUCGAGUGGAUAAAAGCAUUUGUAAUUGGUGGAAUGGUCCAUGUCUUUUUGAAGUCCUGGAUACCAUUGAGGUUCCUUUACGAGAUCCUAAAGGCCCAGUGAGGAUGCCGAUAAUUGACAAGUACAAGGACAUGGGAACAGUUGUGAUGGGAAAAAUUGAGUCUGGAACGAUUCGUGAGGGUGAUAGCUUGUUGGUCAUGCCUAACAAAGCUAAUGUAAAAGUGCUCGCCGUAUAUUGCGAUGAAAAUAAAGUGAGGCGUGCUGGGCCUGCUGAAAAUGUGAGAGUGAAAUUGGCAGGGGUCGAGGAAGAGGAUAUAUUGUCUGGUUUUGUCCUUUCAAGUGUCACAAAUCCGGUUGGUGCUGUUUUCGAAUUUCAUGCUCAGCUGCAAAUUUUGGAGUUGCUUGACAACGCAAUUUUCACUGCUGGUUACAAGGCAGUGCUUCAUAUCCACUCCAUAGUCGAAGAGUGUGAGAUUGUGGAACUUAUAGAAGAAAUCGACAUGAAGAAAAAGAAAGAUGCAGAUCCCAAGAAAAAGAAGCCAAAGAGAAAGCCUCUUUUUGUGAAGAAUGGUGCUGUUGUUGUUUGUCGCAUUCAGGUGAAUAACUUGAUAUGCAUCGAGAACUUCUCUGAUUUUCCUCAGCUUGGGAGAUUUACUCUUCGAACUGAAGGUAAAACUGUAGCAGUGGGGAAGGUUGUUGCACUUCCACCUGCAGGGAGCUCAGCAUUCGCUGCGUAAUCAAUUUUGGACUAGAUGGAAGAGAGAUUUUUCUGUUUUAUAAGAGGCCACCGAACUUAAAUGAGAUUGCGGCGCAAUCUAUUGUUCUAAGCAUUAUUUUUGAAGCCACCUUGCGAGAUGUCUUCUUAUGAGAGCAAAAACCAUGAAAAGAAAAAGAGAAAAAAAGAAGAUAAGACUAAUGAUUCUUAGCUGUAAAAGGGUUUGCUUAUUUAUGGGUCGGUAUGAUGAAGUUUGUAGAGUCUCCGUCACAUGAAAAAUAUUUAUCCUUUUCUGGGUGAAUUACUCUGGUCCUUGUUUUUCACUGAGUGUAUUUUUACUCGUCCUGGUCAUAUUUUGUUACAAUUUAAUAUAUCUUACCCUCCUUUUGCUUGGCUGAUGAGCUUAUUAUAAUUACCUGA